CGGAAGCGGCAGCAGCAGGUGUGUUCAAGCAGGUGAAAGGGAAAUUGUUUUCAUGAAGCCUUCAGCUCGCUGCUUCUCCGGAACAAACAGGCGAAUGGUGGAAAUAUGAACACAGCAGUGACUGCUGCAGAUGAUGCCUUUGACUUCCUGUUCAAGAUUGUACUGAUUGGAGAUUCCAAUAUUGGCAAAACGUGUGUGGUUCACCGUUUCAAAACAGGACUAUUCAUUGAGAAACAACAGAAUACCAUUGGAGUCGACUUCAUCGUAAAAACAUUGGAUAUUGAGGGCAAGAGAGUAAAGGUGCAGGUAUGGGACACAGCUGGACAGGAGCGAUUUCGGACCAUCACACAGAGUUACUACCGCAGUGCACAUGGAGCCAUGAUUGCCUAUGACAUUACUAAGCAAUCCUCCUUCAACUCGGUGCCACACUGGGUGAACGAGAUCCAGAAAUAUGGUGCUGCAAACGUCGUCCAGAUGUUAAUUGGAAAUAAAGCUGACCUGAAGGAAAGACGUGAAGUUCCCUUCGAGGAGGCCUGUAACGUGGCCGAGAAAUUUGGGCUAUUGGCUGUGCUGGAGACAUCGGCCAAAGAAGCACAGAAUGUCAAUGAGGCCUUUCUGCUGAUGACUCGUGAGCUGCUGGCAAGGAACGGGCUGCACUUGCCCAGUGAGAGCGCUCGGAGUACUUUGCAUUUAGACUCCCGGCCACUCAACACCACUGUGCCCACUGAGAGAAGCUCCUGCUCCUGUUCCCCACGGUGAGCAGUGCAGGCAAUUUCACCUGGGAGCCCAGGUGGAUUCUGUAGGAUUACAGUCUCUGGACUUAUUGGAUCCAUCUGCUGGAGCACGCUGAAGCCAGCAACACUCGGCUGAUGGUUGGGAUUACAAAUAAAACUUGAGCUACAGUAACACCAGAAGAUUGCUCCUUUGAUAUUUGGUCAGCUAUCUCUUCAAGACUAUGCAUCUGAUUAAAACCUAUGUCAUUUCAUGGCGCUUUACUGAAAAGCAUCUGGAAAAUUAGGUGCAAGUCUUAAGGGAGCAGCUCACAUUCCCUCAAGACAACUAGCAAAAUUAGUUCCACUAGACAUGUAUGUGACUCAGGAAUCAGGGCGAUGGGUGGGACAUAACUUCAA